AAUUGACAUUUCAUGGGCUUUUCGUUAUACUUUCAAAAAUGUGUAAACAAUGUAGUAAAUUAGCUUCUCUAUUGGAAGUUAUAGGAUAAUUUUUGAUAAUUAGAAUUACGCUCGGUACUUAUAACGCUCCAUAUUCAGAGUUCAUCAUGACUUCCGCUGAAUACUUAUCAAAUUAUAUAAAAAAAUUGGGUCAUCCUUUAAGGGAGAUACGUGAACGGUCACUGCAGUUAUUGACCGCUAAACUGCGUUUGGGUUGGGAGAUUGAGGAUGAAUUAUCUGGUACGCGUGAACUUUUGGAGGCUUUGCUGGCAUGGUUCCAUGUUCAAAAACCUACGCUCCAACGAGAAGCACUACAAUUAUUACUUAGUACAUUAAAGACUAAAGCGGGUAAUUAUAUAGUCAAGGAAUAUGGAGUUAAGAGAAUUCUAUCUGAAUUGGAUGCCCUAAAGCAUAAAAUAGACCAAGAUGCUCGCGACACCUACCAAGAGCUGAUACAAAGUAUCCAGUUUCUCAACACAGUGGAAGAGGGGAGCAAUGUGGAUGUGCCUCGCUUAACUAUACCUUCUGUUACUAGUUCAGAAAGUGAUAGAGAUUCAAACCAGGACUAUUUGACAGGCUUGAGAAAUGAUUACCAGUCAUCAAGAGAUGGUUCCAUAUCAAAUGAAGAUCCUGUCAAUGUGUCCAAAGAUCAUAAUGGCAUCCGGGUACUCCUUUUUCCUUGGGUACUGCUGACGUCAUCUGACUCCAAAACUGUGAUGCUGGUAGAAGAUGCCUUGAAGCUGCUGAAAUCUACUCGGCGUUGCUGUCGCUUCAUCUGUGACGUGUUUCUAAGAGAUUUCCCACCUGAAAUAUUUUUGAAUCGACCAUCAAUUGUUCAGAACCUGCUAUUGAUGGCGGACACCGGACAGGGCGGGCGUCCAAAUGAGGCGUUACUGGUUCUGCUGAGUAUCACCCGAGCUCUGAAUAAGAGAGUCUUCGAAUUAUCUUCUGUUGAUUUGAUUAAUGAUGCAUACAAGAUCACAGACUCCAAAGAAACAGACGACGGCAUGAACGCAGAACUCCAAGAGCUAGCUGGCAACAGUUCCCCUGAGUUGCAAGAUGACACUCUAGCGGCUUUGAGACAGUGGCCGGCCCCAUUGUAUGCUUUGGAAACUACACACACGGUGCUUACUAACAUGGCUAGAAGCGUUGUGCUGGUUGAUCCGGAGGAUAAUAGCGAAGUUUUGGAUGUGAAAACGUUAAACACAUGCCUCAGUCUAGUGGAGUCCCUUAUACAGCUUCUGCUAGAAUGUGUAACGGAAACUUUUUGGAUCGCUGACCACACUUCAAAAACGCAUAGAGACAUAGCGCAUAAAAGUUGUAUGGUCAUGAGACUGCUUGGUGAUCUGUUGACGAAAUACAAAAAAUCAUACACAAACUACCGGGAACUGAGCCAUCACCGAGUAGCAUGGUUCCGCCUGGUGAGGUGCGCAGAGAAGUUGUUGCGCUGGGCGCGGCGCUCGGCCCUCCCGCCUUCCUCGCUGAUGGUCGCCCUGCAGGCCGCGCAGCUGGACCCGGCGCUGGAGUUGUUCUAUCCGAGCCUGAGCGAUGAUGUUUGUGAGGUUUUACUAAAUACGAAUAUACCUACGAGCAACGAGUUCAAAACAAAACAUCAAGAGUUGACCAGGCUUAUAGAAGCCAUGGACGCGGGAGUUAAGUUUAUGAAGAAUAAAGACUCAUGUCGCAACAGCAAGCAAGUUCUGAAGAUCAUUAAAAAAUCCUUACCGGCCAUAGAAAUACAUUUAAACGAGGGUUAUUUGGACGAAGUAGCUGAUAUACUAUUGAGAAAGGCUAGAUAUAUGGACUUGAGCAACGAAGAUUGGACUUUAGCUCGAAGUAUAGCCCUAAGUCUCAUGGCACGUAAUGUGAAUUGGGUUGCUACAAAGUUUUACAGUCAAAUGGCUGAUAUCGUGAAGGCUGUGUUGGUGGAUGAAGAUAUCAAUCAGAUAGAUAAUGAGAAGUGCUUAGCAUUACUAUGUGAUGUUAGUAUAUUGACUGAAAUAUGUUGUCACGGGAUGUCUUCCAAAAUAAAAGAGGUUGAAACAAGCGCUACUGACAUUAUGCUGUACUUACUUCGCGGCCGUAUGGUUUUGAGUGAGAGUUGUUGGUGGCGACUUCUGGCGAGUCUAUUACCCAUCCUACCACUGUUGCAUGUCUAUGCGGCACACGACACCGAAAUUGGGCAAGCAAUAUGCAAGUCUCUAGAACCCGAGAUAUCCGAAUGCAUGGGUGUGAGUGCGACAGAGAACACGAUGGGUCUCGUGCGGUUACUGUUCGUGCAGUGCGUGGCCGUGCGGAUGGAGGCCGCGCACCAACUCUGCCGGCUGCUAGGUGAUCAUAGAUAUUUACCUCCCAGAGAGUCCUUACGCAAUGACGUAUUACUAAACGCUCUGAGAAGAAUUAAACCACAGAGUUUCAAUGUUGAUUAUUCUAGCUCUCCGUCAAAGACUCACCAGACUGGCCUCUCACAAAUCCUUGACGUAUUGAAGCAAGACAUAGUACUUGACGAAAAUGGCAAAGAAUACGUGACACGAUCAUCAGUACGGCCGUCUUUAGAGCCUUCACUUAGAAGAAGUUCUUUACAGCAAUUAUCAGUAUUAAUGCGACAGCAGGGCGCGCAUGACGCGUUCCUUCGUUGCGAUGGGAUUCAGCUCACGGUUGCUAUACUUAGAAUGUCUUUGAUGGUGGACGACUACUUGGCCUUUCCAGAAUGUGCUAUAAGUUGCGUAUCAAUACUCAACAGCGUGUGUUUCGCUAGCCGGCAUAUUUUGGCUAAGAUACACGAUCUACCCUCACUUUUGAUAAGAGUAAUAUUGGUAUUCCCUGCCGACGAUUCUGCAGUGCUGAUGUCAGCUCAAAUACUAGCUCUAAUAGCGUGGUCAGGUUUCGCCCUUCAGGAGCUGGAUGCUAAUCGAUGUCACGUGCCAGCACUGCCUUUAAGUGUUGUAGACAGGACGAUAUUGCCGUUUAAUGUGAACAGUUACUGGAGUAUUAGUCCUAACGCUGAACAUUCUAUUGUGGAAUGGCUACUCUCCGACUCGGACUGGCACGCCUCGGUCCGCCUCCGCUGGUGGUGCGCCUGGCAGAGCCCCGCGCGCGUCCUCAGGGGCGCCCCUCUACCCCCCGCGCCUCUAGCGCUCCGCCCCACUGCGGAUGAUCUCGCGCUUUUACAAACGGGGUCGCCGGUGCAUGAGGCCACUAGAGCGCUGCUGGCGCUGGAAAAUGCUACGUCGCAUAAACAAGUCAAUGACGCGCUAAAUAUUCUAGAAAGCUAUACCCACUUAGCAAAGUGGUCCCCAGAAUGCGCAGACUUCGGCGCCUUGCCGUGGCAGCACAUGCGUCGAUUUCUAUGCGCGCCGCCCGCCUCGCCCCGCGAUACGGCACUUUUGAUCGCUUUACUGCACUUUAUAGUUGCGUACAUGGACAACCUGCCUAGCGAAGCCGGCGCGCAUUCUUGGAUAAAAUCUUGCUUCCUGGGCAAAGAUACAUCUGUAAUAGCCCUGUUGAGCCGUGACAGACUAUUUCCCCAACAGACUGCGCAAGACAACAUAGAAAUCACUCAGUUGCACAUACACAUUAUUAAGGUGUUGCUCCGAUGUAUCGUACUACUCGAAUCCUAUGAUGACUUUGACAGCAGCAGAUUGGAAAGCCUCGUCAAGAUACUGCUUGUGUGUUUGGAAAAAGUUGACUUGAGGAAUUUUCAUAUGUUGGGGUACCUAAACGAGUUGAUGCGCUGCAUACGCUACGCCCUCUACUCCCGCUACUGCAAGCUGUCAGAGAACACACUGGACGGGUGCCUCGCGCUAGUGACCCGCACACUGAACGGGUGCUGUGCGAGCACCGGGCGCAAGGGACUGGCGUGCCGACUCGACGCCGUGCUGUCUCUACUGGCCAUGUUGAGGCAGAUCCACGAGGAGGGCAUACCGGCACAGCGUUGGAGCGAGGUGUGGUCGGGCGACGCGGUGCGCUGCGUAGUAGCGUGCGCGGGGUGCGCACGCGCAUCGUUGCGAGCCGCAGCGUUACGCGUUAUAGCGCAGUUGGCGCGCCACAGCCAACUCUCACCACAGUUACUUCAAGCGAUCCCAACGGAGUCCAUGGCACAAUACGCCGUUAGUAUCAUCUCGAACGAGCGCGAAGCGAAUGCUGUGCGCGCAGCGGCCGCUACCCUGCUGACCGUCGUGGCUUCCCGUCAGUCACACUAUACCGAUGUGUUGGAGAGUGAAAUCUUACAACAGCUUCAAGAAUACAACUUUUUGGAAACUUGUAUUGAAAUAUUCGUCGAGUUUUGCAAUGAAACAAAAUACCAGAACCAAAUAGAACCUAACGUUCCACUGUCCCUACUCGAGCGUCGUUCAGAACUCGAAGUGCGCGCUGAGAAAUGCGCAGAUGUGCGUAUAUCGCCGUCAAUCGGCGCGCAAAUACGCCGCGCACCGACAGCGUCGCUAGUGGCUGCACUCGCCGAUGUCUUGCACAACGUCGCGGCAUUCAAACGAUGCCCGGUGCAGGCUUGGAACGAGCAGGGGCUGUAUCGACUGCUGUUCAGAUGCGCCUCCUGGUCUCGUAGUUCUCCGUUGGACAACAACCGCGUCCGCGCCGCCUCGUGCUGCGCGCUGGUCGCCGCCGCGCCGUAUAAAUGCGUGCGCGCGUCCCUGGCCGCUACUAAGGAUUGCUUACACAAUCUAAUGAUGACACUCACACCAUUGGACGAUGACGAAUUGAACUACGGCGCACUUGCAUCACGAACUCAAGCGUUGCUUCUCCUAGGCUCUCUGCUGCCAGACCGAUCGACCGGUGAUUCCGUCUGGACGCGGCUGCGGACCGAACCGUCAGCAUCGUUCUUCAGUUUAUUACUGCAGUGCUUGGAAAGUGAUGUCACCGAUUUCCAAGAUGCAGCCCUAUUCUGUCUCACCCAACUCUCACAAUCAGCCGCAAACCGCAAACACCCUGACAAGACACAAGACGAAUCCUGCAUACAACUAAUGGAGAACAUGAAAGCGCUUCGCUUCGAUAAUCGGGACCUCAGCGCUGGCGACGCGAAGGAUUGUCGGCCGGAGUAUUUAGUCGAGGAGCUGUGCCGGUCCCUGAUGCAGAUUCACCAGAAUAUGGCUCUGCAAGGGAACGUGCAUGAAUCUAGCCAAGAUGAACGCUGGUGCCGUGUCUGCUCGUGCCUUGCGUCCGUGCUGUCAGUGAGCGCUCGCGGCAGACUAUACAGCGUGCACCGACAGUUCCCGCGGACCCUGCUAGCCACGCUACAGGCAGUGCGAGACAGACUGUCUAUGUUAGGGCAGCCUGUUGAAGUUAUCAGGAAUGCGAAUAAUAAUCCAACCCUUCGGACAUUGUACUGGCUGCUAACUCUAAUCAGUUGUCUGAUGACGAAUUGUCUGCCGGCGAAGGAGAGUUUAGCGGAAGACAACAUAGCGCUGUCGCUCAAUCGACUCUGGCCCUGGUGUAUGAUGACCGAGCCGCUAAGGGAAGCCGUGGUUCAUCUACUGUUGACGUUCACUAACAACUGCCCAAAAGCAUGGAGCGCGAUGUGCCUGUGCGUGGGCGGGCGCAGCCUGCUGCUGGAGUGCUGCUCGCUGCUGGGCCGCGAGGCCGCCGCCGCGAGCCGCGCGCGCGCCGAGCUCGCGCUGCUGGCCUGCGUGCGCGUGCUGCGCCACGUCCUCGACCACCACCACUGCCGCGCCGUCAUACUGAAGAGCUCGGCGCUCUCAUCUCUCCACAAGAUGCGUCCCCGGGCGCGGAGCGGCGCCCUAUCCCGGCAGACGGGUCUGCUGUGGUGCAGUGUGGCGCGGCACGCGGACGGCGCGGCGGCCGUGCUAGCGCUGCGGCCGCGCGCGGCGCCGCUGCCCGCCGUGGCGCACGCGGCCUGCCAUCCCGAGCUGCGACCCGCGUUCCUCAACGACCCUGAACUCCUGGAGAUGCUGACCGGUAGCCUGCUCACGGGGGACAUCGCUGACAUCGUGUCGGCAGCCCGUGCAGUGUGGGCCUUGGCUGCUAAUAACCAUAAGGCGAAACUUCUCCUAAGAAGCGCGAGAGUGCCGCUAGCGGUGCAUUCAGCGCAGCAGCGUUUGCAAAGAAGUACGGACCCCGCGGCGGCGCGUGCGCUGCAACUCAUCGCGUACACGCGUUCCGUGCUGCAAACCACGUGACCACGUCUACAGUUACUGAACAGGUAGGUU